AUGGCAGACAGGACUUCGAGAGCCGUACCACCAGCACCGCCCGGCGCCCCGCGACGAGCGGUCCGACGGAAUUUGUUCCAGGGACUUACGAGGCGAGCGACGGGGACUACGACGACGGGAACGACGGGGCAGCCCAUGGCCUCUACUGUGGGCGCGGGAUCUGUAUCUGCCACUGCUGCUGCUGCGACGAUGGGAGGAGUGGGACCAGGCGGGAGCUCUUCAACUGCUGCUGCUACUCACGGCAACGGUAACGGUCAUGUCGGGGGCGGCGAGACGCUCCGCCUCGAUGUCGAUGUCCUCUCUGACGGCGGGCCGCCGUCCGUCAUGGGACCCGCAGAGAUUGUGGUGCGCGACGAGCACGGCGAGAUUGAGCUCGGGGAUCUGCCGACGCUGGUGUUUGACGAGGCUGAUGAGGCUGCUGCGAUGGAUGAUCGGGAGGAGAGCAAGAAAGAGCGGCAGCGGCUCGCAGAGGCUGUGAAGCAGCAUCAAGUCAACCAUACCGCCGUCCGUGAACAGCCCGAAGAGCUCCUCGAAGCCGUCAAAGCCAGUUUACGAGCCAAAGUCUCGGCUCUCGCCGACGACAAUUGGAUGUACGAGGCCGAGCCGGAGCUGCCCCGUGGCUUCUGA